CAGACGAUCACUGACCACUGCAAAGAGCCAAUGACAUCAGCUCUGUCAUGUGAUCAGCUGUAUCCAAUCACAGCUGAUCGCACUGAUGAUCAGUGUAGCCCCAUCAGUGCCACCUGUCAAUGCCCAUCAAUGUCACCUGUCAGUGCCCAUCAAUGCCACAUAUCAGAACCUACCAGUGCACAUCAAUGCCACAUAUCAGUGCCCAUCAGAGCUGCUUUUCAGUGCCGCCUAUCAGUGCUGCCUUUCAGUGUCCAUCAGUUAUGCAUGUCAAUUCCCACCAGUGUUGCCUAUCAUUGCCACCUAUCAGUGCCCCCUAUCAGUGCCCAUUACUGCAGCUUCAUUAGCGCACAUCAGUGAAG